AUGAUCCCUCCCUGCGACCCCUCCAUUCUUGAACAUAACCCCCAAUUUAAACGCCUUUAUGAAAAUCUCACGGCCAAUCUCCUCAAUCCCGAUGGCUCAGCCCGUACCAAUCCCGACUCCGCCUACGAGGCCGUUGUGGAGGAUCUGAAACAAUGCCAAAUAAAAGGCUCCAGAAAGAGAAUCAUAAGUCAGACUCUUAGACAGCUAGCAUUCGCUGGGGACACCGAACUCCGCGAUGAUUACCACGACAACCUUGCCAUAAUAUCUAUUUAUCUUGACACUCCCUGCGCGGCGAUUGAUUCGGAUACUCCUACCUCUGACAACCCCGAUACUAGACAGGGAAAUGGGCUGGGACAAGGGCCCAAACAGAGCGACGCUCUCGCGCUCCUCUCCCAGGAAUUCGAAAGCUUCUAUUCACACAUACCGACAUUUAUUCUCCAAUUCUCCAAUAUACUCUCCACAGCGAUUCGGGACCUGCGCAAUAUAGCAACAAUACCCACCGAUCCAACGACCGCAUCCGCAGAACCGGAAUCAACAACAUCACGAACGAGAUCCGGUCCUGUCCGCUCCACUUCAGACCACUAUUCCCGAGCUAAAGCGAGAGACCGUCGUGUCAGGACCUCGAUGGCACCCGCUCCCCUUCUAUCAUCACAACUUCGGGGCCGUGUGCACGCUCUGCGUCGUGCCCAGAUAUCUGAUUUGCCUUCCGCGCGACGCCAGAUGGCCGUGACCGCAGCGGAGGUCCUAGCUAUACGAUCGCAAGUUCUGGAGAGAACAGUUCUCAUCCUAGAGCGGGUGAAACACGGGGCGUUAGCAAGGGCAACUAAGGCGAAAGCGGAACAUUUAGCGGUUGUUGCCCAGGGCGUGGAGGGGAAUCUGGAAGUGACGAAGCUGGAAAUCGCUGCUACUUUAUACACACCUGAGACCUUGUCUGCACUUACGCGGUACACCCAGCAUCUCCAUGAGGUGCGAGGUCGACUUGAUGAGCGACGUGAAAUUGCCAUUGAAGAGUUGAAAAGAUAUGGUGAUGUUGAAGGCGUGGAGUCGAAGUCUGGAGGUGUAGAUCAGAGUACUGGUUUUGGGGGUGGUACUUUGGCAGAGAUCGCACGGAGAUAUGGCGUUCUGGCAAAGGAAAUCGAAGAUGUAAAGAUAGAGAUUGCCAGAUUGGGAGAGUAG